AUGGCACCCCCCUCGAGAUACAUACAACUCUUCCUCUAUUCCCUGGGUCUCGCCCAGACCAGUGCUGCUGGCCUUAUCCGUGAACAGGCUGAAUUACUGCACUUUCGUCUUCCGUCGGAUGUCACAACCGACUCCCUGCACAAUGUCCACGUGGACUUCGUUGAGGAGUCUUUCGAGGGCGAUGUCCAGCUUGUGUAUGGCGACUGCAACAUUGUGAGCCCUGCAGAGGCGCAUCAUGACAUCGGCACCAUAUUGGUCAAGCGCGACGCCCGUCUAGAGCGGUUUGUGUGGAUUACCCCCUCUGACGCACCUCAUCUAUACUGCCUCCAUGCGUUUUCAGGUCCAUCUCUGCUGGGCCGGUCAAAACCAAUUAGCGUGGUAGCUCCUGUCUCGAAGCGAGCCAGCAUUGCGGACGUGGCAGAUGCAGAGGGCCCAUGGUUCGAUGGAGUAGCUUAUAUGAAAGCCAAAGAACCCGGUAAAUCAGUUGUGGCAAACGCAAAGAAAGCGUCAGUUGCCAUCGUUGGUGGUGGUAUGGCUGGACUGAUGACGAGUCUUUUGCUUGAGUCGGUUGGAAUUCACGACUGGCAUAUAAUCGAGUCGUCGGGACGUGUCGGGGGUCGCAUCCGGACAAAGUAUCUCAACCACACCCAGCCAGAUGAGUAUCAGUACCAGGAAAUGGGGCCAAUGCGAUUCCCUGUCAGCAUCACGUAUCCGGACACGAAUGAGACGCUCCAAAUUCAGGACCACCGAAUGGUCUUCCAAUUGGCGAAUACCGUGAACAAGCUGAACAAUGGCAAAUCGGACCUUAAGGUCAACUUCAUCCCUUUCAUACAACAGGGAAAGAAUGUUCCAGCGUCAUCGGGAGGAAACCGUCUGCCGAACGGUCGCAUCCCAACCGCUGCGGACGUGUCGGCCCACCCUUCGCUCGUGUACACGCCAAAAUCAUCCAACGAAACGGCAGUGAAAGACGCAGAGGGCCAAUUCUCCGAGUUCACCAAUUCCGAUGAGAGAGAGACUAUGCGGCAACUCACAAAGAAUAUGUACAAGGCACACAAGGCCGCCGUGGAGAACGGCAUGUUCCACUGGUCCGAGACCGCGUAUUUGCGCCACGCACUAGGAUUCGACAGCAAUAUCACCGACUACGUCGCGGGGGCAGACGAUGGCCCAAUUUGGCACAGUUUGUAUGACGCGGCAUAUUUCGCUGCAACGGAAUGGCGCACAAUCGACCAAGGUCUGGAGUCACUCCCACGCGCCAUCUACCCACUCGUCGCGAACCGCACGACAUUGAACCAAAAAGUGGAAGGCCUGUCGUAUGACGAGGCAUCCGGCAAGAUAGCCGUGCAAACGCGCAACGACCCGUUCCAGACGAUCCCGGAAAGCAAAGAGUACGACUACGCAGUGGUGGCGGCGCCCUUCAGCAAGGUCCGGCUCUGGGAACUGCCGCGGUACUCGUCCCUGCUCAGUCGGGCGAUUUCGACCAUGAACUACGACCAAUCUUGCAAGGUGGCGCUGCAGUAUGAGACACGGUUCUGGGAGCACCAGGAGAAACCGAUUUUCGGCGGCUGUGGAUCCGUCGACGUUCCUGGCGUCGGUAACGUCUGUUAUCCGUCCUACAACCUUAACGGAACCGGCCCUGGCGUGGUCCUCGCGUCUUAUAUCAGUGGCACGCUGGCGCGGUCUACCGCAGCGCUGAGCACCGAGGACCACGUUGCGAUGGUGCAGCGCUCCAUGGUGGAGAUUCAUGGCCCAAUUGCAGCUGAGCAGUUUACCGGCAUCUUUGAACGACAGUGCUGGGAGGUUGACGAGCACCAGGCCGGUGCGUGGGCUAGCCCUCUUGUGGGCCAGCAGGAGCUGUAUCUUCCAGCUUACUAUCAAACGGAGUUCAAGACCAUAUUUAUCGGCGAGCACACAAGCUACACUCAUGCGUGGAUCUUUUCUGCGCUCGACUCUGCUGUGCGUGGGACGACGCAGCUGUUGCUGGACUUGGGGCUGGUGGAUGAGGCUAAGAGCGUGGUGAAUGAGUGGAUGGGGCGGUGGAUCAAGUUAUAA